AAGUGCCGCAAUAAAUAAGAAUUCAAAAAAACAGAUCUGCAGACAUGGAGAGAGCGAGCAGCAAGAGAGGAGACGAAAAGGCGGAAGAAGACGGGGUCGUCGGAGGACCAUCGAAGAAUGAGGUGGAAGAGGAGUCGAUCGAGCGAGUCUUCGAGAGCAAGGAGGUACCGCCAUGGCAGAGCCAGCUGACCUUGCGAGCCUUCGUCGUGAGCUUCGUGCUGGGGAUUCUCUUCACUUUCAUAGUGAUGAAGCUCAAUCUCACCACCGGUAUCAUCCCGUCGCUCAACGUCUCCGCCGGUCUGUUAGGGUUCUUCUUCGUCAAGACGUGGACGAAGUUCCUCCACAGAUCCGGUCUCCUGAAGCAGCCUUUCACUAGGCAGGAGAACACCGUCAUCCAGACCUGCGUCGUCGCCACCUCCGGCAUCGCAUUCAGCGGAGGUUUUGGUAGUUACCUAUAUGGCAUGAGUGAUGUUAUUGCUAAACAAGCAACUGAAGCUGAUAAUGCAGCGAAUAUAAAAAGUCCAGCUUUGGGAUGGAUGAUUGGAUUUCUUUUUAUUGUUAGCUUUCUUGGACUCUUUUCUGUGGUACCUCUUCGAAAGAUAAUGAUAGUAGACUUUAAACUGAUUUAUCCAAGCGGCACUGCAACUGCUCAUCUUAUCAACAGCUUCCAUACUCCUAAAGGAGCCAAGCUAGCAAAGAAACAAGUCAGAUCCCUGGGCAAAUUCUUCUCAUUUAGCUUCUUGUGGGGCUUCUUCCAGUGGUUCUUCACUGGAGGGGAUGAUUGUGGAUUUGUGAACUUUCCAACAUUUGGUGCCAAAGCUUACGAAAACAAGUUUUAUUUUGAUUUCUCGGCAACUUAUGUCGGUGUUGGGAUGAUCUGUCCAUAUAUAGUAAACAUAUCGUUGCUUGUUGGAGGAAUUCUCUCAUGGGGUAUAAUGUGGCCACUUAUAAAGGACCGUAAGGGCCAUUGGUACCCUGCGGAUGUCAGCCCAAGUAGUCUCCAUGGGAUUCAAGGCUACAGGGUCUUCAUUGCCAUUGCCAUGAUCCUAGGUGAUGGACUAUACAACUUUGUCAAAGUCCUUUAUAUCACCAUCUUCGGUCUAUAUCACCAAAUGCGUGGAAAACGUUCAGCGGACGCCCUUCCAGUUGAUGGUCGAUCUGCCCUACCGAAUUCUUUAUCUUAUGAUGACCAAUGCCGGACCCAACUUUUCCUCAAGGACCAAAUACCAACAUGGCUUGCAAUUGCUGGCUAUGUAAUUAUUGCUGUCAUCUCUGCUGGAACACUUCCACUUAUCUUCCACCCACUCAAGUGGUACUAUAUUCUGGUUAUAUACAUAUUUUCGCCCAUAUUAGCCUUUUGCAAUGCUUAUGGAUGUGGGCUGACUGAUUGGUCCUUGGCAUCCACCUACGGAAAGCUGGCAAUCUUUGUAAUCGGGGCAUGGGCAGGAGCCUCUAGCGGUGGAGUGCUCGCGGGAUUAGCAGCUUGUGGGGUUAUGAUGAACAUAGUCUCCACUGCAUCUGACCUCAUGCAGGAUUUCAAGACAGGCUAUAUGACCCUGGCUUCACCCAGGUCCAUGUUUGUGAGCCAAGUUAUUGGUACUGCAAUGGGCUGUGUUAUUUGCCCUUGUGUGUUUUGGCUCUUCAUCAAAGCUUUCCACGAUCUCGGUCUCCCCGGUUCACAAUAUCCCGCCCCUUAUGCUACUGUUUACCGGAACAUGGCAAUUUUGGGGGUUGAAGGGUUUUCAGCUUUGCCAGAGCACUGCCUUACACUUUGCUAUAUAUUCUUUGCUGGAGCAAUAUUUAUCAAUGCAGUAAGAGAUCUUGUCGGAAAGAAGUGGGCACAGUAUAUUCCUCUACCCAUGGCAAUGGCAAUACCAUUCUACAUUGGAUCGUACUUUGCGAUUGAUAUGUGCAUUGGGAGCUUGAUACUCUUUGUUUGGAGGAAGUUAAACAAGGCCAAGGCCGAUGCAUUCGCACCUGCUGUGGCUUCGGGUUUAAUUUGUGGGGACGGAAUAUGGACUCUGCCUAGUUCCGUUCUGGCUUUGGUAGGUGUGAAACCACCCAUCUGCAUGAAGUUCCUGUCACAGAAAACUAAUGUCAAGGUUGAUGAUUUCUUGACUGGUCUCAAAUCUUAGAUUGGUUAGGCAAGUGGUAUGUCUCUGUUUCAGGUCUUAUUUUCUUUGUUUUCAGUUUUUUUUUCUCUAUUCAAACAUGGACCAAAUUAUUCAUGAAUGCUAGAAAUUAAAGUCAAUUCCUAUG